AUGGCGUGUAAAAGAGGUGCACUGAUUGUGCUAGAGGGGGUGGACAAAGCCGGGAAAACGACACAGUGCAAGAGGCUUGUUGACGCGCUGCUAGCGGGAGGGCGUCCGGCGGAGAUUAUGAGAUUCCCCGACAGAACCACAACGAUCGGAAAGAUGAUCAGCGCCUAUCUGGAGAGGAAGAGUGAUUUGGAGGAUCACGCGGUGCACCUUCUGUUCUCCGCCAACCGUUGGGAGUUGGUGCCUCUGAUGAAGGAAAAGCUGGAGCAGGGGAUCACUCUGGUUGUGGAUAGGUACGCCUUCUCUGGAGUUGCUUUCACCAGCGCUAAGCCUGGUUUCUGUCUGGACUGGUGCAUGAAACCUGAUGUGGGACUCCCAAAACCUGACCUAGUUAUGUUUCUGCAGCUGAGCCCAGCUGAUGCUGCUCUUAGAGGUCAGUUUGGCGAUGAGAGAUACGAGACUAAAGUUUUCCAAAAAGCUGUUCAGCAGAAGUUUGAGCAUCUGAUGAUGGAUCGGUCUGUAAACUGGCAGGUAAUCGAUGCCUCACAGAACAUUGAGGAUGUUCACAACAACAUCACAACCCACAGCCUUAAUGCCAUCAACGUGGCUCAAAACAGGCCACUUGGAGAACUAUGGAAGUGA